ACAAAAUACACUCUCCAAUGGCGUCCUUCGAUCAAACCGCCGCAACAACACCAAACACGACGUUUGUCCAAGCCGACCCUUCUAACUUUCGCGCCGUCGUUCAAAAACUCACCGGCGCCUCCGACAACCCUUCCACCCCCAAACUCCCCCUAACCAUACCUUCCCGCCUCCACCACCACCGCCAAACCACAACCACCACCACCGCAGCCGCAAAGAAACCGCUCUUCAAGCUCCACGAACGGCGGAAGAAGCUGGAACAACUGAACAUAGCAUCAACACAGCAACGUUACUGCAACAGUAGCAGCAGCAUGACGAUGUUCAACGCCAUCAACAUGAACAUGAUGAACAUGAAGAUCAUCUCACCGUACAGGAACAAGCAGCAGACAUCGCCGGUUUCGACGCUGGAUGGUGCGGCGGCGCGUGGGAGUCCGAGAUCGGCGGAGGAAGAAGAAGAAGAGAGGGUAAUUGCGGAGAAAGGGUUCUAUUUGCAUCCAAUUAGCCCUUUGUCUUCAGCCAACACUCCAAGAUCAAGAGGAUCUGAUCCACCUCAACUCUUACCUCUCUUCCCUCUGCAUUCUCCAAACGCUUCUUCUUCUUCUUCUCAUAAUAUUAAUAAUAACGAUAAUUCUUCUUAAUUAUUAUUAUUAUUAUUAUUAUUAGCUUAUGAGCUUUUUUUUUUUUUCUAUAUAUAUGAAUGUAUGAUAAUGUUUGAGAUAGAUUGUUGUUUC